UAUAAACAGCACACAUAUCAGUGUAUAAUUCACUUUCGUGUGCGCUCCUGUACAGUUUGCACUUGUUGCACAGUACAUGCAUAUGCGCACUACACCGCUACAGGCGUGGACACGAUAGCACUGACGAUAGGGCUUAUUCUACAUAGCACUCGUCAACCCCUUCUCGUGUGGUCCGCGAUGUCGAGCUGAUGUGUCACUGGUGUGUCCAUAAAUACAAACGACAAUGACGGCAAACUUCUACACCUCCUCUCACAGUAACUACUGGUUGCUGGACGAGCAUGAGUUGGAGCUGACGAAGCAUGAACUGGGCACCAAUGACAUCACUGAGAAGGAUCUGGUGGUUAUGCAGAUAUUCCUUGCAGACAUGGCACUUAAUUUGGGUAAGCGAAUGCAGAUGAAACAGCGUGUUAUAGCCACCGCUAUAGUCUACAUGCGCAGGUUCUUCGCCAAGAACUCCUAUCAGGCGUGUCAUCCGCUGCUGAUGGUGCCGACCGUCCUGUAUCUGGCUAAUAAGGUGGAGGAGUGUGGUAACACCAAUCUGAAGACGGUGAUCGGUCACAUGGUCAAAAUGGCCCUAGAAGACUAUCAGUAUUUGUAUGGCGACCAGCGCGUGGUGACGGUAGAGCCGAAGCACAUAGUGGAGUGCGAGUUCUACCUAUUGGAAGGUGUGUGGAAGGAGUUUUAA